UUGUAGUUUUACGGAGGAAAAGCGUUCGGCAGCUUGGAAAAUGGUCCGGUGGGGAAGAGGUUAAUUAAACACGUGACGGCGCCGAUAGCUCCAGUGAGCCUUCGCUUCCUGGUUUCCAGGGGAACGACUUCCUGUUGCUGUAGAUGUCACCGUGCAGUAAGGGAGACUGGGGGCUGCUGUGUGACCCCUUUAUAGUGUCACCUCCCCGGGCUGGCGACCAUGCAGGCUACCCCAGUACUGCCAGACCGCAAAGACUGCUGCUAUACCAGCUGCUACUGCGAGGAAAAUGUCUGGAAGCUUUGUGAGCACCUCAGAGAUCAGAGUCCACAUCUUCUGGAAGAGUUCUUCGCCGUUUUCUUGUCCAAUGAAAAUAGGAUGAUACCUAUAUGGAAGCAAAUGUCUGGAAAAAGAGAGGAUCCAGUAAUAUGGGAUUAUCAUGUUGUUCUGCUUCGUGACUGUAGUGACGGGCGGAGGUUCAUCUAUGAUCUGGACACAUUGCUGCCAUUUCCAUCUCCUUGUGAUACCUACAUUAAGGAAGCUCUCCGUUUGGAUCACAAUAUCCAUAGAGACUUCAGAAGGAAGCUGAGGGUAAUACGGGCAGAGGAGUAUCUCAGGACAUUCGCUUCUGAUCGAUCCCAUAUGAAAGAUGCCAACAACGAAUGGAGGAAACCUCCACCUCCUUAUCCUUGUAUAAAGACACCAGCUAUAUGUAUGAUGACGGAUCCUUCUUGGCAGAAAUUGGAGGUCGCUGGCAACACCAUAUGGAUAGACUCCAUUUUAGUAGAGAUAUGGGAGACUUGCACUAUUUAAAAUGAAGAUAACCGAAUACCGGAUAUCCGGUUAGGGGAGGCGCAAGGUGCGUUUCACAGCAAAGGGAAGUACAGGCCAGCCAAAUGAAGCGCACGUUGCGUUCCAAGUUAUGUCAUGGCGCAAUGGAUGACGGUGCGGCGCAGCUUGGUGACAUGUUCAGUUGCCCAUGGAAAUGAAGAUGCCGGGUGGUAGAAGAAAUAGAUAUGUGAGAAAGUAGUAUAACCAACUUCUAUGUAGUCACAAACCGGAAGUCUACCGGUGUCAGUAUUGCCAGUGGCGCCCACCGGAGGUAGAUGAACAUGUGAGUACCACUGUAUAUUAGUAAGGAGUUUUAGUAAGUGAAACAUGGCCUGAGGAAGGGGAGUCCAUGUGCUCAUCUCCCUGAAACGCGUUGCUAUAGCACUUUGUAAGAUAUUUAUGAUAUGUAAUAAAACAUCCUCCACUA